UCCGGGGAGGGGGCCGGUGGAGAGGAGACUGAAGUAGGUUCUUUUAUGCUCUGUCGCAAUGAAGAAUGCUUGGCUGAGGUAAGAGGUAUUUUUCCUACUUUACUCUGUGAUACUGAAGAGUCUUUCGUAAGAAAACCAUUUGAAAGGUUACCAUAUGUGUUAUUGUCUAUCUCUGGCAAAAAUAUUCCUUUUAUUGUAGAUUCAGGGGCCACCACUUCAAUACUGCGUGCUGAUGAUAUGCCCAAAUCUGUAAAGAUGACCAAUGUUAAAGAACGCUCCCUUAGUGCCACAGGGCAUGUUGUUGAAGAAACUUUUUCUCAACCUUUACAAUGCGUGUAUGAGCACACUCAAACUCCUUUUAUCGCUUCUUUUCUAGUUAGCAAAAUAUGUCCAUACAAUUUAUUGGGGAGGGACAUUAUGUGUAAGCUCAAUAUGACAGUGUGGUGUGAUGAAGAGACAGGGUUGAAUGUGACACUGUUUAAGGAAGUGUGUUUGAGUGUAUAUGUGUGGGAGUGGCCUGAGAGUGACGUUUUGGUGAAAGCACACGAAUGUACACGCCCAUCCUCAGAUUUUAUGUCACCAGAAAAUUUACACUGCACCGCUCAUGUCACCUGGGAAAUCGAAGCAGAUUACCAAGCGGCAUGGGCACAGCAGUUUGGUGAUCAGUUGACCACAAAUUGGUUGUACUGGAAUGGGGCCUGGGCUGCAUUGAGUGUGAUGCUUCCUGAAUGUGCUUCUGUGUUGUAUGAUGUUACAAAUGCUGGUCCUCACAUAUCACUGGCCAAAGCUACAGAUAUGGAAUGGAAGGACUUGGGCCCUUUAGUAAGGGCAUGCACAAAUGCCACAGAUUGGUAUAUGCAAAAUGAUGACAUGUCUUAUUCUCCAUCCUUAGGUGUGUGGAGAACCGCACACCGGCGCAGCGAAUGGUGCACCAGAGCAAUACUGAGUGAAAGCGCAAGCGCAGGAAACAACAGCGCAGCGACUGAUGGCAGCACACAUGGGGUGGAUCUGUCCACGGUACCGCCCCAUCUGUGGGCCACAGAUAAGUAUGAUGUGGGUCUCAUUAAAUCAUGUGCGCCCGUACAGAUCACACCAAAGAGUGAUUUUCGCCCACGAAAACCACAAUACCCUCUCAAAAAAGAAGCAGAGGACGGCAUCAAGCCAGUUUUCGAUUCGCUACUCGCAAGGGGAAUUAUUAUUCCCUGUCCGUCGUCACCGGUUAACAGCCCAAUUUUUCCGGUAAAGAAAAUCAGAGACAAAGGUGAGCCCACUGAGUGGAGAUUUGUGCAGGAUCUGCAAGCAGUAAAUGCAGCUGUAGAAGCUAGGGCUCCGAACGUGCCCAACCCAUAUACAAUCCUGUCACAAAUACCACAGAACACCGCAUUUUAUACGACCGUGGACAUUUCCAAUGCGUUUUAUUCAGUGCCCGUACAUCCGGACAGCCAGUUUUGGUUUGCAUUUACAUUCGCCGGCCGCAGAUUUACUUUCACACGCCUUUGCAUGGGCUAUCGUGAGGCACCUACUAUUUACAACGAAGCCCUUGCAAACAGCUUGUCCACGCUCACCCUGCCAGAGGGCGUGGUACUGUUGCAGUAUGUAGACGACCUUUUACUCUGCGCGCCUAGCAGAGAAGCAUGCGCAGCAGCAAGCGUGACUCUUUUGAUACACUUAGCCAAAGACGGCCACAAGUUGAAUCCUCAAAAAGUGAAGUUGGUAGUACCGCAAGUAACCUUUCUGGGCCAUGUACUGACUGGCCCAUCCAAAACCAUUUCCCCAAAACGGGUGCAGGCCAUCGCCUGCAUCGCUAAACCACUCACAAAGAAACAGAUGAUGUCGUUUCUGGGAAUGACGUCAUACUGUCGUACUUUUAUUCCUGAUUACGCACACAGGGAAGCGCCAUUGGCCUCUUUAAUUCAUGGGAAACCGUUAAAGGCCCAUGACCACAUAACGUGGACACCAGAGGCAGUAGCUGCCUUUGAGGAUCUAAAACUGGCAUUACAGCAGGCCCCUACAUUGGGCCUGCCUGAUCCUUCACGACCUUUCACACAAGCGGUGGAUGAAAAGCAUGGGUUUAUGAAAUCUGUUCUGUUGCAGUGUCACGGGGACAAGUUGAGGCCGGUAGCUUAUUUCUCUAGCAAACUGGAUGCAGUGGCCCAAGGUCUCCCUGCAUGCCUUAGGGCUAUAGCGGCAGCAGAGAAAGCUGUGCUGUCAAGUAGGGACUACGUAGGCUACGCAGACCUCACCCUUCUGGUACCACACAAUGUCUCCAUGAUACUGCUGGAACAGAAAACUUCACACUUAUCUGCAGCACGCUGGUUGAGGUAUAGUACCACCCUUUUAGACCUACCAAACAUACAUGUACGUCGUUGCACAACACUUAACCCCGCAUCUUUGCUGCCUGUGGAGGAGGACGGAGAGCCUCAUUGUUGUGUCACCACAUUGGCAGAAACAUGUACACCGCGCCCGGAUUUAUCUGAAGACCCUUUACCAAAUGCCGAUCUAAAUUUCUAUGUUGACGGUAGUGCUACCAAAGACGGCCGCAAUAACACCGUUUCCGGCUAUGCAGUGGUCAAUGACCACGCCGUGGUCGAGUCCGGCCCCCUCGGUCCACACUCUGCACAGGCAGCGGAGCUGCACGCACUAACACGUGCUUGCGAGUUGGCGGAGGGUCAGAGCGUGAACAUCUGGACAGACAGCCGCUAUUCCUUCGGCGUCGUCCACGAUUUUGGCGCGUUGUGGAAACAUAGGAAUUUUUUGAAGGCAGACGGUAAGCCUAUUUUGCAUCACCAAAAGGUAGCAGCCUUGUUGGCCGCUAUAUUGUUGCCUAAACGCAUCUCAGUCAUAAAAUGUUCAGCUCAUACUAAAGGUACUGAUCUGAUUUCGAGAGGGAAUGCGAGAGCGGAUGCUGCUGCAAAAGCUGCUUGCUCCCUCAUACAACCACAGCCAGUGGUUUCCUGUUUACUUCACACCCCUGAGUUAAAAACUGCUUCUAUUGCAGACAUGCAGAAAUGGGCAGAUAUUUCAGACCUUUCUAAAUGGAAAAACGCCGGUUGUUUAAAAGACUCAAAGGGGGUAUGGAUGGGUAAUGGUAAGCCGUGUUUGCCAAGACAUUUUUUUCACAUGUAUUGUUCUAUCACACAUGGUUUAGACCAUGCCUCAAAAGGAGCUAUGUUAUCAGCUAUUAAUGAGUCAUUUUUCACAAAAGGUUUUUCAGUUGCAGCUGAGAAGUACUGCGCAAGAUGCAUGGUGUGUGCACGACACAACAUAGGGAAGGGAACGCCCACCCCAAAGAGUAGCCACCCAACUCCGUCUCAGCCUUUUGAACAUGUAAUGAUGGAUUACAUUGAGUUAACUCCACACAGAGGUAAGAAAUAUUGUCUGGUCCUGGUGGAUAUGCACUCCAAGUGGGUGGAGGGCAUGGCAACCAGUAGGGCAGACGCAGCAGGGGUGACCAAAAUGUUACUAAGGGAAAUCUUACCCAGGUGGGGCAUCCCUAUGAAAAUUUCUAGUGAUCAGGGAAGACAUUUUGUUAAUACUGCUGUGACCCAAUUGGGUAAACAGUUACAAAUGGAUCUGGCAUUGCACUGUGCUUACCACCCGCAAUCGGGGGGAGCAGUGGAGAGGGAAAAUGGGACCCUUAAAAACAAAUUGUGCAAAAUUAUGGCUGAGACUGAGUUGGGGUGGACAGACGCUCUGCCCAUUGCCUUGAUGUACAUGAGAAUGAGAACCAGGGCUGCAUGUGGGAUGACCCCAUUCGAGAUUUUGUGGGGAAGACCACCCUUCAUGGGGUGGAGUGCCCCUACACUGGGGUCUGAGACUCUAUAUGGCCAAGAAGAUAUGCUUAAAUACUGUAUUAACCUGGGAAGGGUUUUGGGGAAUGUUUCUGCACAGGUGACAGCAGCCAGAGGGGAUCGGAGUGGAAACGACGGAGAGCAGCACAGUAUCCGACCGGGUGAUUGGGUAGUGAUAAAGGACCAUCGUCGGAAAACGUGGAAGUCAGAAAGGUGGAACGGGCCAUUCCAGGUCCUUCUGGUAACUAAGACAGCGGUAAAGGUAGCCGAAAGAACGUCCUGGAUCCACGCAACUCACUGCAAGAGGGUGCCAGGCCCCGACGAAGUCGCCACGGAAUAGGCCGUAGUGCGACCAACUCCGACUUCCGGUUUUGGGAGCCAGGAGGCUUCAAAGCGGGGUGGCCAACGCGAGGUGACCAAUAUAAUCAAAACAGGGUGGAGUAUUUGAAAGGCAGGGAAUUGGUAAACAUAGAUCCAGCAAUUUUAGCAACGGUGCAUUCACGCACCACUGUGUUGAACCCAAAUAGAGGUACUGUGGUCACCAAUUUGUGUUAUUUCUGUAAACACGGGUGGAGACCCGAUAUAAAUUCACAAGGGGAAUUAGUUAUAAAAUCCAGUUCUAUUAUUAGGCGAACAUGGCACAUCACAUCUUUAUUGUAUAUACAGCAUUAAUCCUAGGGGAAAGGUUGGCGCAUGGAGAGCGUGUGCACACUGAGACCGUAAGUGAAGGGGACACAGCAGUUAUGGCAUGUGCACCAAUAGCUCCAAUGUAUCAGACUUGGGAUCACUUACUAUUAGACCCCCCAAACGUUUAUGUAACCCGGUACCCCCAUGAUUGGGGAGAUGUAAAGGUGGAUUCAGGGUAUAAUAAUUUAAGAUUUCGGAUACAGGGGGCAGGUUUUUAUGGAGGUCUCCAGCCAGCAAGCAAGGCGGUAGCGAAACAGACCCAUAGUUACUCCAGAGGGAGGUAUGGUUUACAAGAAAUGCUUACCCCACAGGAGGGAAUGGAGUUUGGGUUAAGAUGGUGGAGAUUUAGUAUUAAAAACGUAACCCAAGCGGACGAGGGGGAAUAUAAGUGUUUUUGGUAUGCAUCGGGGAAAGACCCGUAUGACACUAUGUCAUUGACCGUGAUAAAAAAGUUACCAAACCCUAUAGAACCGAUAAAAAAUGACCCGCUCACGAAAGAGAUUCAAGAAAUUGAACGAGAAACGUUUGAAGGGGAAAUAGAUGUAAGAGCUGCAUUGGUGGCGUGCGAGGGGAAUCAUGCCUGUACUCUUGCGUUACUGCAACACAAUAGCACCGCCCCUGGGAAAAGCUGUUGGUGGUGUCUGCAUGUAGGCAAUCAGUGGGAAGUAACUCCUCUCACACCUCAAAUGAAUCAUAGUGUUCCGCCUGCGUUCCUAAUGCUCAAACAGGAACCCCCAGUGGUCGUAAACGUCACUGGGCAGCAAUUAAAAGAUUGGGUAGGAGCGGCACCCCUCACCAUUCAGCCAACCACUGGUCAUAUUUGCGUCUGUAAAACACAAGGCACCGUAAGGGUAGGCUGGUCGACGUGUAAUAAUGUGUUACAUAUCAAAACAAACAAUUGUACUUAUAGGUGGGAGAACGGUACAACAGUUGUGUUGGACCAGACAGUCUGUAAACAGACCUCUCAAUUAAUAAAUGAAACCUCACCUGCGGUAAUGUGGAUCUGUGGUAACCAUGCCAGACACGAAUUAGGUCCAAAUUGGGCAGGGUGUUGUUAUCCGGGGUUAGUCAAUACUAUGAGUGAGGCGUACCUAGCUGAAGGGAAGUACCCGGUCCGAGCAAACCAUAGAACAAAGAGAUCCACGGUCUUAAGCGAUGCAGAGAUGCCACAGUCAUUUGAAGGUAAUGUGUUGUGGGACCCUUGGACCUCCAAAGGGGGUCUGCUGGGGUACUCAUUGAUACCACCGGUAGGAAUUGCUUCAGCACUAAGUAAAAUUAAUGGGCUGGCGUGGCAAGUGCAAAUACUGGCAAAUAGCACAGAGUUGGGUUUCUCUUUUAUCAAUGAGGAAAUGAAGGGCCUCUAUGACACCGUAGUACAAAAUAGACUGGCGCUAGACAUACUAACCGCAGAGAAGGGAGGGCUGUGUAAGCUGCUCAGACAAAAAAGUCAGAAGUGUUGUUUUAAGGUGCCUGACAAUUAUAAGAACAUCUCAAAUCUGAUGGAGCAUAUGAAGGACGCAAUUAAGCCUCCCCCUGAUCGAACGGAGGAGGAUUGGUUAGGGGACUGGUCGGCCUGGAGCUUAGGAAAUUGGAAAGAGUGGCUUUUUGGCAGAAUAGUGCCUCUUAUGGUUCUUUUACUGUUUAUUAUUUUGCUUGUCCCAUGUAUAGUACGAAUGGUGACUAAGUGUAUUAACAAUCUAAUAACAACCAAGGUGGUCGCUUUUCAUGGUAAUUAUGACUAUAAAUUGGAGGAAGAGGAUCAAAUGGGGAAGGAUGAUUUCCAACUGGCUGAGCAGAUGGGUUUUUAGAGUCUUGCAAUCAAUGUUCAAUGUGUAAAUGAAGAAUGAAGGGCUGUCUGAAAGCAGCGUAAAAGCCUGCAGGGCAGUCUGGAUAAAAAUGUCAUUUAAGACAUUGGGGUGGAUUGUGAUGGGAAUUUAUUCUUUAUGCAUUUAUUCUUUCUUUUUAUGCUUCAAGUAAGGCCUUAUGAUUUAUGUCUGACAUUUCAUUUUUAUCUGGUGAAACAGGAACUUGAGCGAGCUUGCACAGGAAGUCUGCUCGAGUUUGGGACUGUGUUAAGGUGCAGGAGUUUUUAUUUAAUGAUGUGCUUAGUAAAACAUAUGUAUAUAACAACCUGCUUAGAGAUAGCUGACGAGUAAGAUAAUUAUAAGCACCUAGACGUGCUAACAACCCCUAAUAGGGAGUUGUUUUGAUAGAAUAAGCAUAGGGGGUUGUACUAUCCAAUGUCACUAUAUAAUGUAAGGAGAAUGUGAGACUGCCUCACUUUCUUCACAUAUCGUCUUUCUUUCUGUAUCCGAUAAAUCCUUGCAAGGAAAUAAAUCAUCUCUGAUUGA